CGACGUCGGCGGCUCGAGCUUAGUCUACUCCAAAUGAUGGUAGUCCUCUCUACUCCAGCCCAACUGUAACAUCAUGGAAAUUUGGAGGAACAUCGAUGCCCUCGAGAUCGAAGACUUUGAUGAACUCAAGUUAGGGGAUUCCGGUACACUGUUCCCCAUUCGACCUUCGUUCUUCGUCCCCCCGCUUGAAGAGAAACCUCAAGAUCCUAUAGUCAGAGCUUUAAAGCUCUCAGAAAUUAACAGGAACCUACCCCCGCGGGCUUUCAACAAUGUCCGCCCUCUACCAGAGUUGGUUGCACCACAGGAGCCUACCGAGCCGCCGUCUGUAGAAGAGUUUUGGAGGUCACUGGUGGAAGGCGAGCAUCACAACUCUAACAGAACGGUAUCUUGGGAUCGGCUGCGCGAAACCUUUCCCCAAUCUCGAACGUCAACGGCCUUCCUCUCAGAACAGGAGCCCCUCGUUCUCUCAGCUGCUCGCCAACAUAUUAACCCAAAGUUCGAUGACAAGAACGUCAAAUUCGUCUACGUUACGGAAGAAGAAUUUCGACAGGCCAUUCGGAUGGUCGUUAUCGGGACUUCGUCGACUCUCUUCAAAUGGGACCACCAUACGGAUAGAUUUGUCCAGGUUGGAUUGGAGCCGGGUCAGGUUGGACAUGUAGCUAUUGACGGGACGGACGAGGUUAUCAGUAAGAGCUUACUAUCGCGGUUCUUGUCCAUCGGUACACAUCUGCGCCGUCUGGAAGAGUUUAUCAAGACCCUGAACCAAAGUAUGGUCAAAGCUGGCCCGACUGUCCACGCCUUUGCGCAUUCCCUCUCCUCUACCCUGAUGUACCUGCGAACGGUUCUGGUGCGACUAGCUUCUGACGAGAUCGUCGUCCCGCCCGCUGCUUCAUGGAUGAAGUAUGCAGUCUAUGAAGAGAUUCUGGAUGCAUUGGCAGAGUUGUAUGGGCGGCCAGAAAACAUUGGACCAGAAUCGUACCGAGCAUUCGAACCUUCGCCAAUCACGAUCAUCUCAACGAUAUAUCAGCAUCUAUCAUCUCACUACGAACGACAGUCUCCUCGUGAGGUCGUUGCUAUCUUUGCGUACAUCCUCGACACCACCUCCAAGGAAUAUUUGCACCAAGUUGGGAUUUCAGUCGGGUACGGCGGGCAACCUAUACAACAGCUUUCCAAAGUCGAGGACCGACCUGAAGACUAUUAUCCUGGGUUAGACGAGGAGGAUGAGGAAGAAGAUAUAUUUGAAGCAUUGGAGCAGAUUCAACACGAUUUCCCGGAAUUCUUUCCUAAGCCCUUGCUUGACAUCCUCCCCGCGGCUCAAAAGUCCCUCAUACUACUCAAGAAGGCGCAACCGGACCACGAACUGCUCAGUUCUGAGGAGUCGGCGAAGAAGCGCAUUCGGUGGCUUUGGACGGAGGACCAGAUAACGGCGGCGUGGAGUGAACUAGAGUCGAGCCGCGACUCUUCUGCCAGUCGCCACGCCAGACAACCAUCGCCGGACCCGGAGAGGAGCUAUCCACCCGAGUUUUCAGAAUUCCAUGUGUACGACCUCGAGCCAGGCAUUUAUGUCGGUACGACAGCCUUGCAAGCGGUCGAUAGAACGACAUCCGCCCUCUCUACAUUUAUUGCAAACUUCCCCUCUCAGCUACCUGCAAUUACGCCAACCCUGCCUCACCUCACAUUUCUGGUGUUCCGAAAGUUGCUAGAUCACUCUGCGACGCUUUCUUCGACCCUAUUGUCUCUCUUCCUCUCUUCUUCAGGGAAUCUCAAUUUUCGACUGCACCUGGAACUCCUCCGCUCUUACCUCUUGGUGACAGCCCCUGGCUUCAAAACCAGACUAACCGAAGCCCUCUUUUCCGACGCUGGAGAAUACGAAAUCGACAACACAGCCCACAGCAUGUCCAUGCGCUCCAUCCGCCGUCGACCAAGUAGAAGGUUUAUCAAAGAAAGCAAACAACCCUGGGCAGUCGGUAUUUCUUCCAACCUUCUCGAGCGGGAGAUCUGGCCCCCCGUUAGCGGGGAUCUCAGUUUCUUUUUGCGGACGGUGAUUGUGGAUUCGUUGAAUCUUGGUAAGAGGUGGGAGGAUGAGGAGGCGAGGAAGAGUAGGCAUAUUAUACUUGAGGAGGCUAUUUGGAGGAUUGGGUUUGCGAUUAGGGAUCUUCCUGUUGGGAGUGGGAAGGAUAAAUGGCUGAAUCCGCUUUAUAUUGAGGCUUUGGACUUUUUGUACAUGGAUUACAAGCCGCCUCGGCCCAUGGACAUCCUCAUUUCGCAUGAUAUCCUUCACAAGUAUCAGCGAAUAUUUGCAUUCAUUCUCCGACUUCUUCGAGUCGAAAGUGCACUCAAAUCGGUCUUCAGGAUCGCAAGGGGGACGCGCGACCCGACUUUCCAGAACCUCCCACAAUACCGGAAACUCUUUCUGCAUUUCAGGUUCAUCGCUCAAUCCUUUGUCGCAAGUCUUUCUUCAUACGUCUUCGACACCGCGAUCGGUGGAAACUUUGACCCAUUCCUGGCUCGACUUUCGCCGAAGCCCCCAUCUGAAUCCGGGGAGGCCAGCAGUGACUUUACAGACGUCUUCGAGCUGGCCGAAGCUCAUUCAAACCUCUUGGACGACAUUCUCAGUGCUUGUCUACUGCGAACGGGCCAGAAGGCUGUCAGUGAGUUGAUGCGGCAUUCGUUGGAGAUCGUUCUCGAGUUCUGCGUUGUCGUGGGCGAGCUGCACCGGAAGAGGAUGAAAGAGUACGAAGCGGCGCCUGUGAUCGAGGAUCUUUAUGGCAGGUUCAGAGGGAAGAUGGGGAUGUUGACCAAGGUUCUGAAAGGCUUGGUCGAUAAAGGGCCUUCAUCGUCCAAGUUGCCGAUUGAAGUUCAGAUGGGUGAAAAUCGGCCAACUGGAGGGGCUGUCGCUCUGUAUCACCUUCUUUUGCGAUUGGAUUUGGGCGAUUGGUGGGCCAAGGGAAAGUUGGAGAAGUAG